AUGGCUGGUACGAGGAAUUACGAUUUCUUGAUUAAAUUGUUACUGAUCGGGGACUCUGGUGUGGGGAAGUCAUGUUGUCUGCUGCGAUUCAGUGAAGAUUCCUUUACACCAUCCUUCAUCACCACUAUUGGGAUUGACUUCAAGAUUCGUACGAUUGAGCUGGAUGGCAAGCGUGUAAAGCUUCAAAUAUGGGAUACAGCUGGACAGGAACGUUUUAGAACAAUCACAACAGCAUACUACAGAGGAGCAAUGGGUAUUCUUCUUGUCUAUGAUGUCACAGAUGAGCGAUCAUUCCAAAACAUUCGUACGUGGUUCUCUAAUGUUGAGCAACACGCCAGCGAAGGCGUACAUAAAAUUCUCAUCGGUAAUAAAUGCGACUGGGAGGAAAAGAGGGCGGUCUCAACCGAACAAGGCCAACAACUUGCUAAUGAACUUGGGAUACCUUUCCUUGAAGUCUCCGCUAAGAACAACACCAACAUCGAGAAGGCGUUCUAUGACCUUGCUUCAGAAAUAAAGAAAGGGAUGGAUACAUCUAAAGCUGAACAGGCAGGAUCUCAAGGUGUCAGUAUAGACCAACAAGGCAGCGGGUUGAAUAGCAACACGGGUGGAAAGUGCUGUUGA